AUGAUCCACGAGAUCAUACUUAGCCUUAUAGGGCAAACGGGGGACAUCAUAAUUUUAGCGGAUAAAAGGAGAAAUAAAACGAAAAAGGAAAACAACUUAAAUAUAGAUGAAUACUGCUUUGAAGUAAAUAAGAACAUUCACAUUUUUCUAAACUCAGAAAUAAAAAUAAUCAACGAAAUUGUACAGCUGGGUUACUACUUUUACGUGAUGAAUGUAUUCUGCUUGCUGGUUAAAAAGAACACGAUUUAUAAAAACCUGACGCACGUACACAAAUUUAACAAGUUAAGUGAAGGGAGGAAGGGGAAGGGUGGCACGAGAGAAAGGCUACAAAGAGAUGAAGACAUCUCCAGCACUGCAAGUUCCUCGUCCAACAGCUCCUCAUCGAACAGCUCCUCAUACGAGUCAUCUUCUGACAACGAAUCGGAAGACAGUAAUCAUUUGAGAAAUUCUCACCAGAAAAAACGAGACGAAAAAAAAAAACAAAUAGAUAACUACUUUGGGGUAAUUUUAAAAAACAUCAAAAGGUUAAAUGGGGUAAGUCCGUAUGGAUACUACGCAAAUGGUAUAAGCAACGAAAUAAGUAAAUUCAUGAGGAGGUACAUGAAAAAAAUUAGCGAGAUUGAGGAAUACAUAAAUAAUAAUAGCAACACCCCAUUAACACAAAUUCUAACCAUGUUAGAAAAAAAGAGAGAGGAAAUUAUCAUAAUUAUAAACAUUAUAAAAAACUAUCUAGAAUUUCAAAAGAGGGAAGAACAGAAUGUGCUGGAAGGAGAAAGUAGAAACAAAACAAAAGAACUGAUGGAUUAUCUGUACGAAAAUUGCUUGAGCGGAAAUUCACGAAUUAAAGGCAUAUAUCACAGGUAUUUCAAAAAUUUGGGGAAAAUUUUACUCCAUCAAAUAUUUUCCUGGAUACUUUAUGGCCAGCUGCUAGACCCGUAUUACGAAUUUUUUAUCCAAAAGAGGCAAUUCAUCUACUCUGAUGAUAAGAAGAUUUUUCUCUCCCCCGAAGAGUUGUACGAAAAUUUAACGUUAACCAAUGUCCAGAGCUUAAAUUUCGAAUGGAAUUACCUAUUCUUUCAAUCCGUUUCAAAUUUACCUGAUUGCUGCCUAGAUAAAGUGGCUGGUCGUAAAAUCCUCUUCAUAGGCAAGUCAAUUCGCAUACUAAUUAGGAGCAACAAAUGGAACACCAGCGAUAUCGUGAAGCUUUUCGCGAUCACCAAGAUUUUGUCCAAAGCGUUUGAUGAAGCUUCUCCAUCUGCAGGGUAUGAGGAAGUUGCAAAUUUGGAGCAAGCGACCAGUCCGAUGAAGCCCUACAGCGGUGUAGGAAGCGAACACGGGCCGAACAGGACAAGCGGUGUGGGUGCUGGGAGGGGUGAAUCUAUCCCCAGCAGGCACGGCCACUUACAUUCUUUAGACCUUUCCAGCUAUGACAGCUCGGACAACCGCUCCGGGGAAUCUUCCUCGGAAGGUAACAAAAAUGAAACCAUAAAUCUGUACUGUAAGGAAAUAUUCGACAUUACCAUAGAAAAGAUAAGAAGCAUCAUCGCAUACAAGUUGUGGAAAUAUAUAGUUAAGGACAUCAACUUGAUUAAAAUUUUCGACCUGUUUAGGGACAUUUAUCUACUGAACAAUGGAGACUUUUACGAUUAUUUUUUAGAAAAAUCCUGGUCUCUCAUGCAUACACCGCCAAAUUCGAAAAAUGAAAUUCUGCUGAAAGUACUGGCAUGGAAAAACUCAUCCCUGUCAGUGGAAGAGUACUGCAAGACUAAGUAUGAAAAUAAAAAGGACAAGUUAGUUCUGGAGAAAUGUGAAGAUGACGUACUAUUUGGUGAAGACAACAGGGACUUAAAUGCGUCCACCUUUUUUAGUAGCCCAAAUGGAUACCAUUUUGAUAAUGACAACUCGGAAAAUAUCAUUUCGAAAUAUUUCUACCCAAGAAUAUCUUACAAAAAAUUUUCGUACGAUUCUUUCGAAAGAGAAAAGUACGACAACUUGGUACUGGGUGGCAUGUGCUAUAUGUAUGACAAAAAGAUCAUUCUAAAUGAUUUUUAUAAAGGUAUACAAACCUUGAGCAAAAAAAACUACUACGAUUAUGAUAACGUGUUCAGUGUGUGCGUUAACAAUUAUCGGCAACAGAUUCUGAGGGGGUUCAAGCACGGCUUUGAUUUUUCGGUAAAUUUUAACAAUUUUUUUGAUAACAAAUUUGUAGACAUAGGUGGUAAUAAUGGGGCAAACGUGAAAGGGGGCGCUGUAGGUAGUAAUGCUAAGCAGGAUUUUCCGGAUAAUUUCCUGGUCGGCUGCUGCUUCGCCUUGGUUAUCCAUUCAAUGAAGAACCCGCUGCUUUACAAAACGGACGUGCUGCACAGCUCCCUGGGGUAUUGGGGAUCUCUUGGAGAUUGCCUUUCCGUUGAAAUUAAGGUAAAAUUUUUCGAAAAGGAGAACGGCGCACAGGAACAGGAGGAUGCUUCCUCGGAGCAGCAAACAGGUCCCCCUGUUCAGUAUGGGGAUAAGCACAACCAUGUGGUACUGGGCGACGUCGAAGUGGAGGUCUCUCUCUACAUAGGGGGGAAAGGCAUAUCCUCCUUUGUCCACAACAGCAACAGCUACACCGUGGACUACGCCAGGGAGUCCAUCCUGAACAACAAACUUUGGGCAGACAAUGUAAACCACGAAAAGAAGAGGCUGUACGAAGAUAUGGAAAACGAUGAAGGUUACUUACGGAAGAGGAAUGCCAACAGUGCAGAUGCAGCAAAUCAGGAUGACCUGAUGAGUGAACAUGUGGAAGGAAAUUACGAAGAAGCUAUAAAACAACCGGUGCUGAAAAUCCAGAGUAAUAAACAGACAUUUUAUAAUAUAAAUAAAAACACGCUAACAAAAUUCCGGGUGCGAAUUAACUGCCUGAAACACUCCUUCAGUGUGUACAUACAAAAACUGGAUGAGUACACCCUCCAGCUGAAUAACCCGAAAAAUAAAAUUAAGCCAAUUAUCCAUAUCAGAGCAUUAGAUAUGACGCAAGCAUUCACCCUCGACAUUGGAAAUGGCUACAUAGGAUUUUAUACCUGCCCCAUUUUAUUCAAACACAAGUUGCUGGAAAAGAAGAACAAACUGAAUGAAUGGUUCAAACGGUUCUACAGUGAGACGCUGAAUGCCCGCUCGCCUAUUUACAAGAAGAAUUUUUUUAACAUGGGAGACGAAAAGAAUAGGGAAGCGAUACAAAACGAAAUGAGAAAUAUCAACAAGAUGAUUCUGUACAGAAAUGGGAAUAGCCAGAAGAAGGGGGAAUUAAACCCCGUAAUAACCAGCUGUAAUAGGGAUAACGUGAAAAAUGCGCUUCUGUUCAGCUCCUAUGACUGCUCAGUGGAAAUACACAAAUGGUUCCACCAGUCGUACAAGUCCCCCAUAGAGAUUCCCGAAAUUGACAUAGACAACGAAACGCUGAUAUUUUAUGACAAGCAGAUAAAUAAGAACAUACAAAUUCAUAGCGGACUGAAUUUGUGGAAUAACAUAGAGAUUUAUUUCAAGCUCACUUGGCCAAUAGCUCUUAUUAUCAACACGAGUACCAUCUAUACGUACAAUUCAAUUUUCCAGUUUCUUUUCCUCUUGGGCAGAAUUUAUUACAAUUUAAAAAUUUUAUGCUACCAUAAUAGGCAUUUGUACAAAUAUUUGAAUUUUAAAAAAGGGGGGCUGCUUUUUUCUCACUUGUUUUCGAUAAGAUACAAGAUGCAGUUUUUUUUCUUCCACUUGAUUAAGUAUUUGCAAGAGGAUAUCAUUAACUACGAAUACAAGUUGAUGAUUACGCAGAUUCACAAGUCGAAAGAUUUUGAGUACACCAAAUCGAUUCAUGACCUAUACAUUUCUCAGGUAGCCACCAAGUGCUUCUUACGGGUUCAGGAUAUAACGAACCCUUUGUUGGAGCUGAUAGAUACGUCCUUCAAAUUCUGCUACUUCUUCCAGUGCCUAAUAGAAAACGAGUUGUUCACAGAUAUAUUAAACUACGAACUGGUGGAUGAGCAGGAGAAAAACAAAACAAAAAAAGGAGACAUGGCAGAGGCGGACGACGAUCCGCAUGAUAACAAUCAUGAGGAGAAGGAUAACGAUUUAAAUCAAGUUAUUGAAAAGUUACUACAGUACAAUGACACCUUUAAUGAAAAGCUAGUCAGUGUCAUGAACGAAAUGGUUAACAUAAGCUCCAACAGCAACCACGCCUACCUUGUCCACUUCCUAACCACCCUAGAUUUUAACAAUUAUGUAACGAAGAUAAAGGACUCUGUGGCGAAGGCCAAAUCGGUUGGUGCUUCCCUAUCGGAGAGUGGAACCCAAAAUGAGCAAAUGCAACAGGUCUCCUCCAUCGAGGGAACCAAAUCGGACCUCGGCAACGCGGUGGGUAGCAGCCUAGCAAGCGGUAACGUGGGUGAUAACAGACGGGACAGCAACAAAAGGGACGACCACAAAAUGGAGUACAUGGGCAUUGAGAACGUGAACGCGAGCGAUAGUUACUACGCAGGGGGGAAGGAAAACCACGCGAACAGGCUGCUAAGUGGUUUAUCGCACCGCAUCAGCGGAGUGGACUACACGAGUGAGGCGAACCAACUUGGGGGUAAUAAAGAUUUUUUAAAAAAGAGAGUAGUUGACAAGUUCAGCAAUUUGUUGCAUAGCGAUGUUGAGGAGAAGUGGGGCAUACAGCGCAGCGGCAUAAACCAGUACAGCCGCAUCGGCAUGUCCGAAUCGGUAGACAAAAGCGUUUUAAAUGGAGCUCCCAUCCUCAGCCUCUACGGCAAUGCCGACGGUUACUACGGCAGCGGUAACGACGCCAGCUACAAUCGCGGCGGCAUCGCCAAUAGCAGCUACAACGCGCUAAUUGACAAGUACUCAAACAUACUGAACAGUUACAUGAACAGCGGCGGUGGUGGCGGCGGCGGCGGCGCUGGCGGUAGCUCCGUUUACCAGGUUUCUCAAAAUUACAUAAACAGUUCGCACGUGGACUCGUACAACCCAUCGUUAGACGUCUCGAAAUUGAGGCACAUAGGUGACGCUUCCCAUGCGGUGGACCCCGGCAUCACGGGUAACUCCGGCAACGCGGGUAACGCGGGUACCGCGAUCAGCAUGGGAGCCGUCCCUGGUGCCCCCAGUUUUAGCGUGCACAGUUUAGACGCUGGACUAAGCAGCAACAACGUGCCAGGUUAUGAAAACAGCCUGGCAAGCAACAUGAGCAACCUCCUGCGCAAGCUCGACGUAAACGGCAAAUCCAACUUGAAUAGCAAACCCAACUUCAGUCAAAAUUUGCUCAGCGCUAACCACGGGUACGGCAACGCGUACGGAAACGCGCCGGCCGAUUUAAAGAGCCUCCACGAUUUAAGCAUCAAGCAGAAUUUCAACGUGCAGAAUUUGCUGGACAACUACAACUACAGCUAUAACGGCUUCUCCCAAAACGGCACCUUCACCAGCCAUAGCUUGGACAAGCUCGGCAACGAUAAUAACCUCACGUCCCAGAUGUAUAACCUCUCCAGUGAGUCUAACUAUGGCAACGUCCCCCUAAAUGUGUAUCGAAAUGAAAAUAACAACAUUAGGGAAGCGGAUCGGGAGAAGUAG